UCCCAGCUUCGGAGUACCUGGUAUAAAAGAGACAACUCUAAAAAAGUCACAGUGCUCCAAAGUGUCACCAGUUGCAUAAAGUUGCUUUAGAGAGAGCAUUCAUGAUCAUCCUUAUCACAUUACAAAAUUGCUUGGCGACUAAGCAGUGAGCAGCACACGGAGAUAAGGGGGGAAGCAAGUACUCUGCAGCCUGUGCCUCUCCCAUCCCUGUGCAUCAUGAGUUCAACAAGUACAGAAUGUAAUGCAACCAAGCACAGCAAAAGCAAGAGGGGUAGUCGCAACACCUCUGCAAGACCUCCUCAUACUCUGGACAAGAUGAUGGUGGGAACUGCUUCUGAACCCUGUAUCCCCUCCUCCUCCUCCUCCCCCUCCCCCUCCUCCUCCUCCUCCCUGCCAUCCACUUCAUCCCUGGCCUUACCUUUAUUACAAACUGCCUUCGCUGGCUCCCCUCCUGGUGCAGGGCUGAGUUUUAUGGAACAAACUACUCCUUUCGGUGGUAACAAAGGAACUGAGCAGCAGGAGAUUCAGAGAAAGUAUUGUGGAUGCAAGACUCGCUCUGUGCAAACCUGUAAUCAAUGGAAAAUAGCUGCUGCAGCUGCACAAGUAAAGCCGCACAGCCUUAAUGAUAGAAGUAUUGAUGCGGAAGUAGUUGACCUCACUUGCAAAACUUCAGAACCUAUAGUUGUUGAUCUUACAAAUAACGAUUCUGUUGUGCUUGUUGGAGAGAGUGGGCAGCAGCCCAAUAGAGAGUUCAGACCUCAACCAUUGUCUGACAGCCUCGUAUUUAGUGGUGGUGGUGGUGAUGAUAGCAGACACACACAGAGUGGUGCUCUUGCCACUAGAAAGCUCCCCAGAGAAGUGGGAAGGAAGGAUUUUGCAAGAUCCUCAGGCACUUUGAGUUGUGGAAUUUGCAUAGACAGCUAUGCAGAGAUUGUGCAAAGCGGACGGCUUAUAGUGUCAACAACAUGUGGCCACAUCUUCUGUAGUCAGUGCCUCAGCAAUUUUCUUGGGCAUGCUAACUUUUGCCCAAUUUGUAGGAGGAAACUCACUCCAAAGGAGUAUCAUCCACUUUAUAUGUGA